AUGCAUUUAGCAUAUACCCAGCAAUAUGUGCUCGCAUUCACUUUAGCCUGCCUAUUAGCUACUGUCGAAGCCUCCAGUGAUACCUCCCACAAAUAUCCCAAGCCAACAUUCACAUUCGACCAGCUGUGGACUCUCGAGAAGAGCUUCUGGGAUUCCUUCCUAUACCCAGCAAAUGUAGAACAAACCCAGGGCAAUGCCUCGACUGUGUUUGCACCAGAUGUCCAAGGCCGCGUCGACAUCACCCGCACAUUCGACGGCGACGAGCUAAACCGCGAAUACAUCUUCGGCCUAUUCGCCGACCCAGACCACGUCAGCAUAGUCGGUAUCCCAAUCGCCUACAACAUCACCCAGUUCGCCGCCAAUGAUAACAUUGCCUCCGCGACAACGGUAGUCACCUUCAACGCAACCACGUUCGGCAUCCUCAUCCCCGUGACGAUCGACACAUGGAUUGAAUUCGGCUCCGACGGGAAGGUCACACAAUAUGACGCAACGUUCCGCUGGUUCGAGUAUCUGUUGGAUUACUUGAUCGAAGGCGUAGCAACCAAGCUUAACGCGACGUCGUCGGACCAGGCUGUCGCCUAUGUUUCGGAUUUGCUGGCUAAAACGAUCUGCGCUACUCAUGAACAGUACUGCACGGGCUCGGAUCAGCAGUAUACUGACAGUGACGCUUGUUAUAGCUUCUUGACUAGUUCUAUUCGGUUUGGGAAAUCCUAUGAACUGGGUCGUAAUACGUUGCUGUGUCGCGAGGUUCAUGAGCAUAUGGUGCAGUACAGGCCCGACGUGCAUUGUCCGCAUAUUGGUCCUAGUGGUGGUGGAUAUUGUGUUGAUGAUAGGACUUAUCCUGAUACUGUGUUGCAGAGGUAUUUUGAGGAGUCGUGGAUUCCUUUUGGGUAUGGUGCAGACCAGAAUAUCUGGCUGGCCAACUGA